UAUACGGCUGGCUGCCAUAGCCAGCUUCACACGCACAAGCAAGCUCACUACACACGCCAUGGGGAUGAAGCGAUGCAUCGUUCCUACCAUCCUGCUGAUGCUUGCACUGCAGUCUGCAGCCCUCCUCGUCGCCGGCGACGUGGGCGCCAUUCUCCUGCCGAGCCAAGGCCAAGUUGCAGACGAAGCAGCCAUGGCGGCCAAGAAGAGGCCGUGGAAGUGCUGCGACCAGGCGGUGUGCACCCGCUCCAUCCCGCCGAUCUGCCGCUGCAUGGACCAGGUUUUCGAGUGCCCCUCCACCUGCAAGGCCUGCGGGCCGUCCGUGGGCGACCCGUCCCGCCGCGUCUGCCAAGACCAGUACGUCGGCGACCCCGGGCCCAUCUGCCGGCCGUGGGAGUGCUGCGACUCGCCUACCUGCACUAAGUCCAACCCGCCGACGUGCCGCUGCGGGGACGAGGUCGACAAGUGUGCUCCGACCUGCAAGACCUGCCUGCCGUCCAGGCCGCGCCCCUCCCGCCGCGUCUGCCUCGACAGCUACUUCGGGCCCUUCCCGCCCGCAUGCACGCCCAAGGCUGUCGCCGCCGGCGGUAACUAGCACGCCCGUUGAUCACGCGAUCAACGCCGUCGAGUGUCCUCACCUACCCUGCUGCAGACUGCAGUAGCAGUGUGUAAGAAUAAAAUAAAAAUGGAUGACCUAUAUGUGUGGUGGACACACGAUUAUGAAUAAGACAACGUGGUGAUGUUCAAUCCUUAUAAAUGAAUGGUGCAGUUUUCUUCGGUUUUA